CUGCUGCUGUGACAUCAUCGCCACUUGCACGGUGGAGGUUCAUGGUUGAGGGACGAGUCCAGGAAGCAGCGUUGACAUAAAAAGUAUAUUGCAUCGAUGGAUAUGGCUUGUGUCUGUGGGGUCAAGAUCCUGCUGUUCUGGUCGGCUUUUUUCUGCAUAGCAAACUUCUCUGCCCUGAUGCAGCCUGCACCUGGCGCCAACACCACCGCGAUCCCAACAGACUGGAGUGCGGCCUCCAACCCUGUUCAGCCCACAGGUGCAAACGUCUCCGGUGAAGGUGUCCCCGUUGUCCAGUGUAACUUCACUGUUACAGCGGUGGAUUCUGGAUACAAGUUACAUUUCUCCAGCUCACACAAUGGCAGCAGUUUCAUCAUCACCAUUAGCGAGAUGGACGGAGAAUCUUACAAUAUGACUUAUGAUAUUGGAUUGGAUGAGAUACUGAUUCUGAAGCCCUGCACCAACUAUACCCUGAGUGCGUUUGAUGACCGCUUCCCUGAGACAGUUUGUUACCACAGAGCAGUCAAGACCAAAGGAAUGACCCUCGACCAGAUCCGUUUUGAUGUUAAAAUGUGCAACGAAAUACAUCGCUGCUUUGAUACACCAUGGAAUAUCACAGGCAUAGUGCGAAAUCCAAGUUUGAACGACACCUGCACCAAUAUGACUGAAUCAUUCCCCUCAGAAAACUGCACCAGCAGCUUUCCAGUCACCAAUUACCUCGGUGUGGACUUCUAUCCUCCUACCGAGGUUACGCAGACCAAAUACGAUUUUCCUGCGAAGAUUAUUGCUCAGCUUCCUGAAGCCCCGAAGUGCAACAUCACACAAAUCUACACUUGCAGUGGUCAUCAUGGAGAGUGGAAGACUUUGUCAGAACUGGAACCGUUCACCAAUUACAACUGCUUCGGACAAAUCAAGGACAGCACAGGCGCUGAGCUUCUCUUGCCUCCCAUGAAUUUCCAUUUUGAAUGUGAUUUGGUAUUGGUUGACCGCAUUGACAAGAUAAGCAACAACUCUAUUAAUUUCUCUUGGAGCUCAAAAAGUAAGAAAUGUGAAGAAAAGCUCAACAUGACCAGGAUUUCCUACCAGUGCAGCUGCCAGAAGAUUAAAAAGGGUGACCCUGAUCAAAAACCUCUGCAUAUUCUCCCAGUUCUUGGAAAUAAAUGUAACAUUACCGGUCUGACUCCGUUCACAAAUUAUACAUGUGAAAUCCAACCUUUGUAUGAUGGGAAGCAAUUGUUCGUCCCACAAAAGGUGACCCGAGUGACAACUAAGGCGGGAGUUCCAGGCAACGUGACCCACGUCAAAAUUACCCUCACAAAGCACAAUCAGAUUGAAAUAACCUGCAAAGGUCCAUCAUCCUUUUAUGGGGAGAAACAGAUUUACAUGGCAAAUCUCUCUGAUGGUUCCCAAGAUUUUCACCAACAGAAAGGAAAUUGUGCUUUAACAUUUAAAGACCUGAAGUACUCCACAACAUACGAACUGAAGCUGUACACUUUCAAUGGGAACCUUAGUGGUCACGUGUGGCUGAAGACAAUUCCAACUCUCUACAACGACAAAGCCAUCAUUGGUGUCCUGGUCUUUUUCAUCAUCCUGAUAUUGCUAGCACUGCUGUUUGUCUCGUACAAGAUCUACCGUCUGAAACGCACGAAGUCCAGAGACCUGAAUGAAAAGAUCGGUCUUAUUCCAGUGGCAAAUGAAGAGGAAAACCUACGGCUAAUCGAUCCCAUUCCAGCUGAGUUGUUACUGGAAACAUACAAACUGAAAGCUGCCGAUGAAGCGCGUCUCUUCCUGGCUGAGUUUCAGAGCAUCCCACGAAUCUUCUCUAGGUACCACGUGAAGGAAGCCAAAAAGAGUGUUAAUGUUCCCAAGAACCGCUACAUUGACAUCCUGCCAUAUGACUACAACCGCGUGCAACUGACUACAGGAAACGGAGAGACAGGAUGUGACUACAUCAACGCCAGUUUCAUCGAUGGUUUCAAAGAGCUGAAGAAAUACAUCGCAGCUCAAGGUCCUAAAGAGGAGACAUUAGGUGACUUCUGGAGGAUGAUCUGGGAGCAGAAAUCCUCUAUCAUUGUCAUGGUUACAAGGUGUGAAGAAAGCAAGAGGCCCAAGUGCAUGCAAUACUGGCCUUCUCCGAGCCAGGAUGUGGAAACUUAUGAGGAAUUUGUGGUGCAGCUAAAGUCUGAAGAACUUUGCCCAAACUACAUCAUUCGCCACCUCACUCUGAUGAAUAAAAAAGAGAAGAGCUCAGAGAGAGAGGUGACUCAUAUCCAGUUCAUCAGUUGGCCUGACCACGGGGUUCCCAGUGAGGCCCAUCUGCUCCUGAAGCUGCGCCGGCGCGUCAAUGCUUUCAAGAACCUCUUCAGCGGCCCCAUUGUCGUCCACUGCAGCGCUGGAGUAGGACGAACCGGCACCUACAUCAGCAUUGAUGCCAUGAUGGAGAGCCUGGAGGCAGAGGGCCACGUGGAUAUAUUUGGAUUUGUUGUCACUCUCCGAAAACAGAGAUGCCUCAUGGUCCAAGUGGAGGGCCAGUACACCCUGAUCCACCAGGCACUGCUGGAGCACACACUGUUUGGGGACACAGAGAUUUCCUUGGCCGAGCUGCACAGUGCGAUGGCCACACUCAAGCAGAGGAGCUCAGACACUGAACCCACUUUGAUGGAAGAGGAGUUUGAAAGACUGGCCAACUACAAAAACUGGAGGACCACCAACACUGGGAUAACUGAGGAAAACAAGAUGAAAAAUCGCUCCAUGGCAGUCAUUCCCUAUGAUUACAACCGAGUGCUCAUUAUGCAAAAUGAAGGCGUGAUUAGUAAGGAGCAUGAUGACGAGGAUGAUGACGAUUCAUCAGUGGAGGAGGAAGAAGACGAGCAUUUAGCCAGAUACAUCAACGCAUCCUACAUUAAUGGCUACUGGGGUCCUCGGAGCUUCAUCACAACACAGACUCCGAUGCCAGAGACCACCGCUGACUUCUGGCUCAUGGUUUACCAGAACAAUGCCUCCAUGGUCGUCAUGUUUUCUGACACUGGAGAAGACGGCAAGGAGUCAGACCUCACCUACUGGGAUACAGAUAACAAAGCUUAUGGUGACAUUGAGGUUGAGAUGACAAGCACAAAAACAUAUCCAACAUUUAUCAGCCGCAACGCAUUGAUCCGUCAUAUUAAGCGGAAAGAGAGUCGGCCGGUUAAGCAUGUCCAGUUCCUGCACUGGAAGACCGGUGAACUGCCAGAGAGUCCUCAAGUUCUGAUGGAUUUUAUGAAGGAAGUUAGAAGUUCUUCAGGGCCUAGCAAAUCACUGAGCACAACUCCAAUCGUGGUGCACUGCAACGAUGGCUCCUCCCGCUCUGGAAUCUUCUGUGCUCUGUGGAACCUGCUGGAUUGUGCAGAGACCGAGAAAGUGGUGGACAUCUUCCAAGUGUCCAAAACUCUGUGCAAGGAGAGACAGGGUCUGCUCUCUAGCCUGAACCAGUACCAAUUCCUGUAUGAUGCUCUUGAGACGCUCUACCCGCUCCAGAACGGUAGUGUGAAGGCGGAGCUGGAAUCCGACUGUGUUCAAGUUGUAGAUGAAACAACGGCAGCCGAGCAACCACAGAUUGUGACUGUGGAUUCUGAAGAAGUAAAGGAAGAGGUGAAGGAGGGGAGAGAGCCCGAGUCCAGCAGCCCUACAGAGACCAACCCACUUGAGGAGGCCAGUAACAGCACCACGGUCAUUGGGGAGCUGUGAGGGUCUACAUGCUCCUUCCACUUCUCCCGUUACAUUAGCAUGUUAAGUUCCCUUCAUAUCGUCAUUUUAACUAGGAAAGCUGUAUUCAAACUAUGAAGGCAAGAAUUUUCGUGCGCAUGCAAAACUAAUGCUUGACACCAUGUGAACUUUUUCUGUUGGGAAAUGUGAGACUGCAUUUAAAUAUUGAUGCCUUGACAUGUUAAUAUACAAGUAAAGCUAAAACAAUAUAGUCCUCUACCUUUUUACUCGAUAAUUUACCAAGUCUCGUGAAUUUCCAUAUUUUGACGUUUGUAUCUGCCAGGCUGUCCCUAUGUUCAAAGCUUUUGAACUUGAAGUGAUUGCAGACCUGUGAAUAUUGUUUUAUUAAUAAAGAUGGUUUUCAAUAUCAGUCACGCCUGUCAAAUUCUGAAUAGAAGCCAAGUUGGUGUGGAGGGAGGUGAAGAGAACAUGGAUGAUGAAUGUGAAGACCCUUGUAUUUGUAAUUGCAGUACUUAAAAACAAA